GGAGUGACGCGCUGACGCGAUUGCUUUCGGGCGGGUCUCGUGAUGGCUGGCGGUGGUGCCGCUGCCGCGGUUGCUCUGUCGCUCGCCGCGCUCCCGGCGACUGCUCCAGAACCGAUUUUCGGACGCCGCAGCAGCGCUGCCAUGGCUGACGACGAGCACCUGGAGUCCCCCAACGAACGGUCAGGAUGGCUAUCUAGUUGGCUCCCUGCAUGGUGUCCCACAUCACUUGUACACCUUAAAGAUGCUGAAGAGAAAAUUUUGAAAUGUAUUACAAGUACCUACAGUAAACAAUAUGUAUUCAUAUCCAAUGGAAAUAAAAUAUGGACGCUUACGUUCUCUCAGAACCUUUCACAGAAAACUCCACUUGUUCUUCUCCAUGGGUUUGGAGGUGGUGUUGGACUUUGGGCUCUCAACUUUGAAGAUCUUUGUGAAAAUAGGACUGUGUAUGCAUUCGAUCUCUUGGGAUUUGGUCGCAGUAGUAGACCACAGUUUGACACUGAUGCAGAAGUGGCAGAAAAUCAAUUUGUAGAAUCUGUUGAAGAAUGGAGACGGAAAAUAGGAUUGGAUAGAAUGAUUUUACUUGGACACAACUUGGGUGGCUUCCUGGCAGCUGCUUACUCACUAAAAUACCCAUCAAGAGUAAAGCAUCUUCUAUUAGUGGAGCCAUGGGGUUUUCCAGAAAGGCCUUCCAGUGCCGAGCACGAGAGGCCUAUUCCAAUAUGGAUCAAAGCACUUGGAGCUGUUUUGAGUCCAUUUAAUCCAUUGGCUGGUCUCAGACUGGCCGGACCUUUUGGAUUGAGCCUGGUACAACGUAUAAGGCCAGACUUUAAGAGAAAGUAUUCAUCCAUGUUUGAUGAUGAUACAGUCACCGAAUAUAUCUACCAUUGUAAUGUGCAAUCACCAAGCGGUGAAACUGCUUUCAAGAACAUGACAGUUCCCUAUGGAUGGGCGAAAAGGCCAAUGCUGCAAAGAAUUGCCCAUAUGCAUCAAGACAUUCCUGUCACUGUGAUUUAUGGAGCAAGGUCAUGUAUAGAUGGCAAUUCUGGAGCCACCAUCCAGUCCCUGCGACCAAAUUCAUAUGUGAAAACAAUAGCUAUCCUUGGUGCAGGUCAUUAUGUAUAUGCAGAUCAACCCGAAGACUUCAACCAGAAAAUAAAAGAGAUCUGCAAUUCUGUGGACUGAAAGGAUUCUGCUUUUUGAAAAAGGAGGCUACAAAUAUAAUUCAAAACAAUACUUCGUAGUAUAUUAUAAAAAAAGUUAAGGAAAAACUGAAAAAAGAACUGAUUUUGUAUGCACCCUUUCUUUCAAGAUGUUUGCACACUUUAAACCAUGCAGUGCCUUUUAUUGUAGUGGGCAGAUUUAAAAAAAAAAAACUUUGUACAUUUUAGUUUGAUUCUGUCUCUGAAUGUUUAGGAGAAAUAUUAUGUGUCAAUAGGUAUUAAAACAUUUUAAAACUGGAAUUUUAAAAGUGGGAUUUUGCAAAAUUAGAACAGUUAACAUGCAGGCAUUUCUGUAGCAAACAUUUUAACAAAAUGUUAAGUAAAAUUAUAGUUUGGCUACUUCAUUCAGUAUCCAUAUAUUGCAGUCUUCAUAUCUUGAACUUUUAAAGAAGAUUAAAUAUUUUGGUGAGGUUCCCUUUGGGUCAGAAAAUUGCAUGUAGGAUGUCAUUACACUGUAUUUUAUGUGGAGUUUGCCAAAAUAAUAUUGAUGAGCACUCAGGAAAAAGAGCACAAAUAGGAAGAAGAGUUGAGAGUAAUUCUGAUUUUUAUUUUUUGCUCUUGUAACUUUUGUUUACUAUGCUAAUGAUUGAAAUGCUUAGUGUCCUAAGGAACUUCAUUUUCUAAAAUACUAAUAUUGCUCACACAUGCUUUUAAAGAGAAGUUGCAGAAUACAGUGGAUUUGAAAUCUUUAUUUGACACUAUGAUUAUUGCAAGAUAUAUUGCUGACCUGAUUCUCAAGUUUUACAUGCUACUAAAAUUCAAUAAUUACAUAGUCCAUGGAUAAAGUAGUGAUUAAUGUUUGGAUGAGUAUGUGUUUUCUUAUAAAUUAUUGGAAUUUUGAGCCAGUCUCUGUAAAAUAAUAACCUUGUCAAAACCAGGUAUCUUAGAAAAAGGCAUCUUUGAUUAAAUAAUAGAAAUGAAUCUGGAAAUGUUAUCUUACCUCAACUUUUUUAAAAAAGGUGUCUUUAUGCAGUAUUUUAAAGAGCUUUAGGCCCUGGAUUGUUAAAAAAAAUCUAAGGUAAGUUUUUAAGUACCUGGUUAAAAUAAAAUAAGAAUUGUUGUAAACUUAAAAGGAAAAUGGAGUGGUUUGUAAACCAAAUUGUCUACACAAUAACUUAUUUGUUAACUUUUUAAUGUUUAAUUAACUACUGAAUCUCUGGUUUUUCUUAUAUAAAAAACUUUCAGCAAGUGUGAUAAAAUUCUUGGAAAGUAGUUAUUGUGCUAUCUUUUAAAAGUAUUAUAAUUCUCUUAAAAUAUAAAUCAAUUUAAAAGUU